GCCGGGAUUGCGUGGGGGGGGGCCCGCGAGCAAGGACCGCGGCGGCCGGCAGCUGCUCUCUUAGUAAUACUUUCUUUUUAGUUUUUUCCUCCCCCCCCCCCUUUCCUUUCAUAUUUAAAACUAGUGAAAUCACUUGUCGGGAUGUGAAGUUUCCCCUUUCUGCCGAUGGAGUGGAGUUCACCGCGCGUGUCCGUUCAUGAAAGAUUUAAAACUUUUUCCGUCUCUCCCGUGCGCGAGAGUCCGUCCGCCUGUCCGUCGUCAGCCCGGCCGGCCGCCUGCCUCCUCUCCUGCCCGGCCCGUGGGGCUUUUGUCCCCACGCUUUCACUGCUUUAGUUCAACUGUCUAUCUCUGCCCGGACUUUUUGACGGAGUUGUGCGCUUUUUUUUAAACUAAGUCUCCCGCAGCUGUGUUUUGUCUAGUGAUUCGAGAAGACCCAGCGAGCGAGCCAGCGCCCCACCAAACUUUUCUCCCGCCGGGAGAGACGCGGAUUUCAGCCGAAGGAGCAGGAGAGGCCCGGGGAUCCCGUGCGGAAGCAUCCCUUCAGUUUUAAUAAAUCCGUGUAAGCGCUCCGGGCAGGGCCGAAGGAUAUGUGGAGGGGCAGAGCCGGCUGUAGGAGCGGCGCAGAGUCCCGCUGAAGGAAGAGUUCUUCUCCUCUGUUCCUGGGACCUUCAACCCUGACCACAGAGAGCUCUAAUCCCAUUGGAUCUGUGUGGUGAUCUUAACACUGUUUUCUGGAGGACUGCUCACAGAAUUCAUCUCAGGGGAUAGAGUGAACCACUCCUGUACUCACUGUAAAUAGCCUCACGCCUCCUCGGGGUUUCUGCCAAACACCCUGUUGCUGAACCUACGACCAAGAUGACGGGCGCCUCGGUGAAGGUGGCAGUGAGGGUGCGGCCCUUCAACUCUCGCGAAGUCAGUCGAGGUGCCAAAUGUGUUAUUCAGAUGCAGGAUAACUCUACCUGCAUCUCCAACCCUAAGCAGCCCAAAGAGAUGCCCAAGAGUUUCACUUUUGACUAUUCCUAUUGGUCACACACCACGCCAGAGGACCCAGGCUUCGCCUCCCAGCGGCAGGUAUACCUGGACAUCGGCGAGGAGAUGCUGAGGCACGCCUUCGAGGGCUACAAUGUCUGCAUCUUUGCCUAUGGACAGACAGGAGCGGGCAAGUCCUACACCAUGAUGGGCAAACAGGAGCCUGGGCAGCAGGGAAUCAUCCCCCAGCUCUGCGAGGACUUGUUUAAGCGCACAGUGGACAACGCAAGCCCUGACCUGUCCUUCUCUGUUGAGGUGUCCUACAUGGAGAUAUACUGCGAGCGUGUACGGGACCUACUAAACCCCAAGAGCAAGGGGACACUCAGAGUGAGGGAGCACCCCAUCAUGGGACCCUACGUGGAAGACCUGUCCAAGCUGGCUGUCACCAGCUUCCAUGACAUUGCCGACCUUAUGGACUGCGGCAAUAAGGCCAGAACGGUGGCUGCGACCAACAUGAACGAGACAAGCAGCCGCUCUCACGCAGUCUUCACCAUCGUCUUCACCCAGAAACGCCACGAUCAGAUGACCAACCUGGACACGGAAAAGGUCAGCAAGAUCAGCCUGGUUGACCUGGCAGGAAGUGAAAGAGCAGAUUCCUCUGGAGCAAAGGGCAUGCGGUUAAAGGAAGGAGCAAACAUCAAUAAGUCCCUCACUACUCUUGGGAAGGUCAUCUCCACUCUUGCCGAAAUGCAAAACAGCAAAAAAAAGAAAUCUGACUUCAUCCCCUACCGGGACUCUGUGCUGACUUGGCUGCUGAAGGAGAACUUAGGGGGGAACUCCCGCACCGCCAUGAUCGCUGCCCUCAGUCCAGCCGACAUCAACUAUGAGGAGACCCUCAGCACUCUCCGGUAUGCAGACCGGGCCAAACAGAUCCGCUGCAAUGCGAUCAUCAACGAGGAUCCCAACGCCCGGCUGAUCCGUGAACUGAAGGAGGAGGUGAACCGCCUCAGACAGCUGCUCUUCUCCCAGGGACUGAGUUCAGAGAUCCUCACGGCAGCUGGCUAUGAGGUGAACAACAACACACAGGGGACUGGUGGGGGUGUAGCCACUCUUGCUCUGAACCCCAGCGCAGACAAUACCGGUUCGAAUAUCUCCCAGCAGCAGGCUGCCCCUGGCUGUGAUCCCACCCCCGACAACGAGACCCAUGUGUACCCAGACCAUCAAGAGGCCAUCACCAAGGAAGAGGCUGUUGAGAGGCUGGAGGAAACUGAGAAAAUCAUAGCAGAGCUCAACGAGACAUGGGAGGAAAAGCUCAGGAAGACAGAGUCUAUCCGACUAGAGAGGGAGUCUCUGCUGGCAGAGAUGGGUGUGUCAAUUCGUGAGGAUGGGGGCACAGUUGGAGUUUUCUCCCCUAAAAAGACACCUCACUUGGUGAAUCUGAACGAGGACCCCCUGAUGUCUGAGUGUCUGUUAUACUACAUCAAGGAAGGGGUGACCAGGGUGGGUCAGAAGGACGUGGACAUCCGUCUGAGUGGCCAAUUCAUCAAAGAGCAGCACUGUGUCUUCCACAGCUGCAUUAAUGACAGUGGGGAAGUGGAAGUGACCCUGGAACCUCUGCAGGGGGCCGAGACGUACGUCAAUGGGAAGCAGAUCACAGAGCCUGUGGUGCUGAAACAAGGUAACCGCAUCGUGAUGGGCAAGAACCACGUGUUCCGGUUCAACCACCCAGAGCUGGCCCGGCUGGAGCGUGAGCGCACUGCCACCACGGAGCAGCAGGGGGAGCCAGCAGACUGGAACUAUGCACAGAAAGAGCUGCUGGAGAAGCAGGGCAUCGACAUCAAGUUUGAGAUGGAGAAGAGACUGCAGGACCUUGAGACUCAGUACCGUCGGGAGAAGGAAGAAGCAGAUCUGCUCCUGGAACAACAGAGACUGUACGCCGACUCCGACAGCGGGGACGACUCAGACAAGCGGUCCUGCGAGGAGAGCUGGAAGCUUAUUUCCUCCUUGAGAGAGAAGCUGCCAGCCAACAAGGUGCAGUCUAUCGUGAAGCGCUGUGGGCUGCCGAGCAGCGGAAAGAAGCGGGAGCCCCUGCGUGUUUACCAGAUCCCGCAGCGCCGCCGCAUCAGCAAAGACCCCCAGCGUGUCACCAUGGAUGACCUGAAGAUGCAGGCUGUGAAAGAGAUCUGCUAUGAGGUGGCGUUGGGUGACUUCCGCCACUCGCGCCAGGAGAUCGAAGCACUCUCCAUUGUCAAGAUGAAGGAACUGUGCCGCAUGUAUGCCAAGCGGGACCCGCAGGAGCGCGAUAGCUGGCGCGCCGUGGCACGGGACGUGUGCGAGACGGUGGGCAUUGGGGACGAGCUAGGCAGUGUGGAUGGGGGAGGGGGUAACGGCAGCGAAGGGCCUGCAAUGGGUGACCUGAAGGCCCACAUUGACAAACUGACAGACAUUCUUCAGGAGGUGAAGCUGCAGAACAAUAUGAAGGACGAAGAGAUUCGUGCACUGCGGGAUCGCAUGGUGAAAAUGGAGAGCAUCAUACCCAACAUUGGGCCGCAGGACGAGUGUGACCUGGAGGAUGAAGAAGAUGGUGAGAGGAACAGCGGGCAGAACGGGGAGCCCAACGGCUCCUUUGAGGACCUCACCGUGGAAGAGCGCGUGAGCCGGCUCAUGGAGGAGGACCCCGCCUUCCGGCGUGGCCGCCUGCGCUGGCUGCGGCAGGAGCAGAUACGCUUGCAAAACUUGCAGCAACAGCAGAUCACCAAGCGGCUGCGUCGUGGAGGGGCUGUGGCCGGGGCCACGGGGACAGGGCCUCCCUUCCUGCCUGGGAUGGGCCGCUUCAUCCCCCCACAGGAGUGCAAGCUGCGCUUCCCGUUCAAGAGCAACCCCCAGCACCGUUACUCCUGGGGCCCUGCCACUGCCUUCAUGCAGGGCCUGGGCAAUGGUGAGGACACCCAGGGGGGCGGCCAGGAGAAUCCCCAGGGAGGCGGGGACACAGAGGUCCCUGAUGGAUCCAACGAUGCACCUUCGCCUUCCCCUCUGCCGCCAGCCUCCAGUGUGGCUCCUCAAAUGCCCCUCCUUCCAACCCCCUUCCAGAUGCCCAUGCCUCUGCCUAUGAUUCUGGGGCCUGGGGGCGGGGGCCAGCCCCACAUACGCAGCCCCAGCCCACACCGGCCUUGGCAGCAGCGAAACUACGGCAACAACCACCAUGGCAACCAGCACCACUUUCCGCAGCAGCAGCAACAGCAGCCUCCGUCCCGACACUACCGGCGCAACUCCCUUGACAGCUCGACCGCUCAGAACCUCAUCCAGAACCACAGAUUCCAGGGCAGACCGCGCUACCGCCACCAGUCCCCUGGGCCAGGUCCCCAGGGGCGAGACUCGCCCCCCUUCUUCCGAGAUGGCUGCUAUCAGAGCCAGCGCAAGCCCGGACCCCAUUACCAUCACCCUUAUCACAACCAGCAGAGAGGUGGGGCCAGCUACAUGCCUGACGGGGGGCCGGCCCCCUCAAGGAACCACAGCCCUCAGGAGCAUCCUGCUGGGAGCGAGGUCCCACAGUUUCCAGGGUACACCACCCCGCCACGCAUGCGCCGGCAAUUCAGCGCUCCAGAUCUGAAGAGCAGGGAGACCCCCGUGUGAGAGAACAGAGUGCCCCUCCCAUCCCCACUGUCCUUCCCUUCACACCCUUGUUUCAGGGUUGGCGGUUUACCAUGGUCUGUCUGACCGUUGACCCAGAACUCCUGUCACUUGACAGGAAGCCGGUCGUUUUCCUCACCAUCUGAACACGCCUGAAGUGGCAUCGUAGGCACACCCUCAGACACAGCACAGUCAAACCCAAAUACACACUCAUACACACCCUUCCUCCUCCCCGGGGGACCUGCGGAGAUCGACUGGGACAAGAGAAUGCAGGACAACCAGGGUGCUGUGUCCACCUGUCCUCUGGUAAACACCCAGGCACAGCUUGCUCACCGCUCCCUCUCAUACCACUGGAAGUGUGUGUCGGGGCACCUGGACACACGCACAAGGCUAUGCCUGAACACCACACCUCGACGGUCUCAGCCUUGGAGGGCGGGGACACAUGCGCUGGUCGCACACACCCAUUCUCACAGCACGAACACACGCGGGGCCUGAAGCUACCUGCUUUAUAUUCACACUCCCAGAAUGUAUCGUGCACCAGCUCUGGAUGUCGCAGCUCUUGUACAAGCUAAUAUACUAAACUGUGGUAAUUCUGAGGGUGGAUGAGUGGCACUGCGUUGGCAUUUGCUGUCUUGCACAGAUUCUCUUUGUGUAUGUGUGUGUGUGUGAGAGAGAGAGAGAGAGAGAGAGAGAGGGAAUAAAUGUUUGUACUAGAUGCAGUUGUCCAGGAUGAACACUAGGGGGAGUAUUGGCUACUGAAAGACCCAAAGAAAUCGGUGCUGUGGGGGCCCCUGCCACUCAGCCCCCUUCAACACUGGGAGCACCUCUGACCACUGGGCUGCUUGUGUCGACUAUAAAUUGCUGUUUUUAUUUUCCUUGUUGGGAACGUUUUCAGUUUUUCAGCCGUGUUUGAGAGCCGCUCUCCUUUGAAGCUGCUGUCAGACUGCUGAGGGUUCGGGUCAUGGAACAGAUACCUUGUGGUCUGGUGGUGGCAAAGUCCCGUUCCUUACAGCUGAGCUCCUGGUACUUGAUCACAUGCAGUGGGUGGAGAAGGGACAUUGAUGACUGUUUUUGCCAUUUUUAUUUCUUUUUUUCUUUUUUUUAAUUAAUAGUUUCCAUUCUGCUGUUUCACUUUAGGAUUUACUUUGACAGGGUGGUUGGAGUGUUUAUUGAUUUAAUUUGACUAGUAAACUGUAACUGUUAGCUGUCCUGAACUCUGUUGUCAAUCUGAUCAAAUCCCUGGGCUCCUGGGGCAGAACCGAUGGUCAAGGUCACGGUUACGCAACAGACAGUACCAAUGCUGAUUAGUGCGGCAGGGUGGUCACAGCAACUUGUUUUAUAUUUACCGUGUUUUAUAUCUCUCAUUGGCCCUUGAUGUAUUUUUGUUCUGCUUUUUCAGUUUUUGAUUCUCACGCUGGGGAAGUUAAUAAAAAUCUGUCCUCCUCUAAAGGUUCGAGCUCCUCCAACAGGUCGGUGCUCAUUACUCCAGUGGGAAGAGAGAGACAGUGAGAGAAUCCAGAAUUCUGUGGUCCUCUCUUUGAUGGGAGAAGGUGCCGAACGUGACCGGAAGUCGUACUGCUCAGAGGAAAGGUUGGGAUAGACAACACUGGGCUAAGCAUAUGUAUGGGUAGUUACCACAGUGAACUUCACAGACUACAUGGUCCUGUGGGGAAAGGUCAGAGUGAAGGGAUACAGUUUGGCUGUCAGGGACAGGGCUGGGAUAGCAGUAGCGCCUUCCUCAGGGUUGUGCUGCACCUACCAAAGACUGAUAUUACCUCAAGACAAGGAAUGGAGGCUGGAAGAAACUGCAGUGGUCUACACUGGUUGCUCUUAGCAAGAGUUAGCCACUUCCCUCCAGACCUGUUACCGAGAGAAAAAGAAAAUCCUGUGGUGGCUUCUGGGAGUCGAAGCCCCCCCCCCCCACUUCGGGACCCAUCGUUUACAACACAGCGUGUGUCUCAGAGAUGAGUGUGGGAGGUGGGUUUUUUUGAAGGCAGCAGAAACACAGGUUGUGACAGGAAGUCAGUGAUUAGUGUUGGCAUCUGAGACAUGUAUCAGGAGUGGUCUGAGCAGGGAACACAGGGAACGCGGCCCAAAGGGCCUGAAUGGCGUUGGAGCAGGAACGCGUCUCGUCUUCCUGAGCACAGGCUUGGGUCAUGUGUGUAAGUCUGCAGUGGGAGAAGAGGAGGUGCAAAGCUACGUGGGUAAACAUGGCACACAGAAUGGAAACGAGGAGCUGUUCCGACCCUCUGCUAUAUUUCAGAGAAAGCUAUAAUAUCAUCUCUGAGAAGCAAAUGCUAUAUAUUACCCGAUGGUUCAUGGUGUUGACAUGUAUUUCCUGCUAUCUUAGGACAAUCUUAGUGUUCUGACCUUUUUUCUGUGCUGUUUUUUGCCAUUAUACAGCAAUGUGCUUUUGCUGCUUUUACAUAUUCUUGAGGCUUUUUAAAUUUAAUGCAUUUUCCUCUAUUUUUACCAUUGUUUUACCAUCUUUUUUGUGUCGUAAAUAUAAUUUUUAUGUUGUGCUGGUGCUACUCGGCACAUCUGGUGCAAGAAGAAAGUUGCUCCCCCCCACUCCUCCAUAGUUUAAGGGAGCUCUUUUGCUAGUUUUCAAAGCAAGUAGACAAAUUAAUAUGAAUAAUAAAGAGAAUGGUAAGUUGUAACGGCUGGUUUUAUGCUGUACUGUUUGGAAAGGAAGGUGUGACAAAGAGGGACGCUCUCAGCUCUGCACUGUCACCCGCUUGGUUCUCUGGGUUCAGCUUGGACCCAUCAGACCUUGUGCCCCAACUGCCGAGUGCUACACGAGCUGGUCUUUCUCUGUCUUGUGGGUGUUCACUCGCUCUCCAUUUCUCCUCCUCUUUAUCCAUGUUAAGGCUGGGAAGGGGCACAACCGAUGUAAAAGUUUGUGGUCACUUGAGCUUGAAACAAUACGUAAAUAAAGAAAGUAAAAACUG